AUGAAAGCAAGGCAAUUGGAGUCAGAAGCAGGGGAGGACAGAUCUGAAAAAUUAUCCCGGACAAAACCCAAGCUGACAGUUUCAGUAUUAAAGGUUGCAGAAUUUGCACUUACUCGUUAUGUGCAGGGUCAAAACUUCAUGAAAGAGAUUGAGUUUUUGAAAGGAAAAGAAAGCCAGAUUAAGAAAGGAAGAGGUGUUAGUAAAUCUAGUCCGUUGUACAGGUUAGAUCCUUUCAUUGAAGAUGGUAUCAUACGGGUUGGUGGACGUCUUCAAAGAGCAAAGAUUCCGCAUGAUUCAAAACAUCCAGUUGUAUUGCCUAAAACCUCUCCCUUGUCAAAGCUGCUGAUCAAAGAUGCUCACACGGCUGUAGGUCAUAUGGGUAAAAAUGCUAUACUUACCCACUUGAGGCAAUGUUAUUGGAUCUUAGGAGCUGGAGCUGUCAUCAAAAGUCUUGUUUCCAAGUGUGUCAUUUGUAAGAAGUAUCAGUCGCCAACUGGACAACAACAGAUGGCAGACCUUCCUGAUGAUCGUCUUCAACCUGAUAAACCACCUUUUUCACAUGUAGGCAUGGACUUUUUUGGGCCUUUUCUAGUUAGACGAGGUCGCGCAAAUGUGAAAAGGUAUGGCGUGGUCUUCUCAUGUUUGACCAUGCGAGCAGUGCAUUUAGAACUAGCUUGUUCUCUUGAUACUGACAGUUGUAUCAAUGCUAUACGGAGAUUUAUAUCAAGACGAGGUCAACCAGAAGUGAUCAGGUCAGACAAUGGGACCAAUCUCUCAAGCAGCGAACGUGAACUUAAAGAAGAAAUCUUGAAGUUGAACCAGUCCAAGUUGCACUCAUCACUGCUUGAAAAGGGAAUUGAUUGGCAUUUUAACCCUCCAACAGCAUCUCAUCAUGGUGGGAGUUGUGAGCGUAUGAUCCGUUCAAUAAGGAAAGUUCUUAAUGCUGUUGUCCAGGAACAAGCAAUUAAGCUUGACGAUGAAGGUCUGAGUACUCUCUUUUGUGAGGUUGAAAUUAUUCUCAAUGGUAGACCUAUCACUGAUGUACCAUAUCAUCCUCAUGAUCUAAACCCCCUCACGCAAAAUAAUCUUUUGCUUCUGCGGUCGGGUCAAAAGAUGCCACCAGGAACAUUUUGUAAAGAUGUUCAGUAUUUAGCUGAUAUCUUUUGGAAGCGGUGGGUAAAGGAAUACCUUACACUGCAGCAAGAAAGACAAAAGUGGGUAACAAAGAAGCCCAAUCUUAAAGUUGGAGACAUUGUUCUUCUGGCGGACAGUUCUCCUCGUAAUUCAUGGUCACUAGGACGUGUCAUUGAGAUCAUGAUGGACAAAAAAGGAUCUGUACGUAUCGUGCGUGUGAGGACAGCUUUUACAGAGCUUGUCCGUCCUAUAAACAAAUUGUGUGUCAUUGUGCGUGGAUCAAAAUGA